GCAUAGUACUGCUUUGUAUUUGUUUUGUUUUAGAUAGGGUAAUGUAAAACGAAGUUUUGUUACUUUAGUGUAUUUCAGUUAGGGGCGCAGUGCUCUCACGUUCACAUAAUUGUAAAUUGUCAAUUGAAAUUAGUAGAUGGCAGUUGCAACAGCUCCAGGUUGCGCAUCCUCCAACCCUGGAAUGAAUGUCAGUUUUGGUGUUUCUGGAAAUAAUAUACCAAGAAGUUCUAGCCCGAAUAAUAAUGGUGGAAAUAACGCAUCUUGCACAAUACAAAGUUUGCUACAAACUGCUAAAAAACUGGCUGAGAGAUUAAACGAACACGAGACAAAUGUUGAAAGCAUUAUCACUCAGACACAGGAACUCAACAAGCAUAUGGUUUCUAUGAAGACGUACAAGGACGAAGUGGAUGGGAUAAAUGAGAACAACAGACCUCGUCCCCAGCUGAACAACAGCAGGCGCCAGCUGAUCAAAGGCAUCCAGUAUGAGAACAGACAGAUCAAGACUCUGCAGCGGGAGAACGAGGAGUUGAAGCAGGCGCUGGAGGAGCACCAGAACGCCAUGGAGCUGAUCAUGAGCAAGUACAGGGAACACGUGUCCACUCUCUCCCAGUACGCCAAACUAGACCUCACCACCUUCAAUGCGGCAGUCAACCAACGGGAGAUUGAGCAGAAGAAUGCCAAAAUAAUGGAGAUGGUGUCAGUGAUGCAACAAGUGGUGAGGUUGGACGAGAGCUCUGCUUAUGCUGCCGAGAAGAAAAUAGCGGAGUUGGAGUACCAGAACAAAACACUCAGAGAACUGCUCAAGGUCAGCCAAGACUUCAAGUCGCGCAUACUGCUCGCAUCAGCCGCAGAACCCCAUACCGCCGCAUCACCCGUCAAUUCUGGCGGAGGCCCCGAUACAGCUGGAAUUGUACAGGGAGAUGACCCGAACUCCAAUAACUCGAGUCGAUCCACAGACGAAAACAACUCGGAAGGGGAAGAUGCCGACGUCAGUUCUCCGAAUGCCGAUUUGAUGUUUGAAUAUCCCAGCAGGACAGUUAAGAAGCGACCAUCUCUAGGUUUGAACAACAGUGGCAGUAACUCAAACGCAGGUCUGUUUGCAACACAAUUUGCACCAGAGUCCAGUCAGAACAGCUCACUCUCCUUCUCACCCUCAGACUCGUUUUCGACUGGUUCUCACUCAUGGGUAGAAGAAGGGGAAAGGACACGCCCGGAUACAACCCAAUCCAGCAGUGUGGACAGUGGAGACCAGGGUAACCCAAAGUCGGAGCACACUGGCCAAGUGACGAUGAACGGAUUCGGUCAAAGCACAAAUGGAGAUGCGAACGCGGGACAGCCUCUAACAAACGGACCAGUGGUUGAGUUUGAAUUCAAAAGGAAUGCGAACAGUAAUAAUAAUAACAACAACUCUUUCGAAGGUGCUUCAAUGAAUAACAAAGCAACUUCCUCAGACUCAGGACUGAACAUAACUAAUCACCGCAGCCAGCAGCAGCAUCAUCUGGAGUCAAGUGGGGGGAUCUCGAAGUCCAGAUUCGGAUCUGAGACGGACAUCAUAUCGGACACGGACAGCGACUCCAGCUCCAAUGCUUCGACUGUGACUUUGACGCCAUGCACGUCGGAUAGGGAGGACGAGGACGACACAGGACACCACUGGACCUCAAGUGAGCUGGACCUGGAGGAAUCUCUGGCUAUAUCUUCUACACUAUCUUCAGUAGCAGACGAAGUGGAACAGUUCUCCAAAGCAGCCUCCAACUGUCUUCUCACCAACGGAUGUUUCGAUCCCGAUUUUCAUAAUGCAAACACCACUACUAGUUCUAAUAUUAAUUCAAGUAAUAAUAACAACAACUCAGCUCCCAUCCCCUCAGUCAUAAAUACCCCCUCUAAUCCGUCUUCUUCUACGCCUCAAAUCACUGCUUCAGAUUGUGACGCAGCGCCCCUGCCUAAUGGAGUUGCAUGAUCAUUUGCUCCGUGAUUCAAUUGUUAUGUAAUAGUUAACGCGACCCAGAUUUUUGCCAUUAUUAAGAAACAUUGGUUGUUAGUCCUUUUCCAGCGCCUCGCCAGUUUAUCCUUAAUUGUGCUGUAAAGUCAAAGGGCGAAUUAGAUUUUAUUGUGUAUUCAAUUUCAUCAAGAUGGUUUAGAUUAGUUACUUGACAUUUCAAAUCCAAUUAUAAUAAGUAAAUAGUUGACCAUGAUAACAGAGCUUCAGUAUAAAUUAACUCAUUCGAAUUAUGGGAGUUUUUUUUUCAUUAAGCCGGCAAUUUUGUACGUGGGAAAAUUGAAUGCAAUCGAUAUCCCACUAGAACCGUUCAAAACGUCAGGUGUAAUUGUUGUCGGUCCAUGCUUAGAUAGUGAAUCGAUUUGUUCCUAAAAUGGAAUUUUGAAAAAACUAAGGACCGACGCAUUUAUUGGGACUUUACUUAAACGGCCGAAAAUAGAAGUUGGGAAAA